GCGAUGGGCAAGAAGACCGGCGGCUUCCAGGCCUUGGGCCUAGAUGCGCAGCUCCUCAAGGGCGUCCUCGGCAUGUAUUCGCAACCGACGCCCGUGCAGCGCGCCGUCCUGCCCGCGGCUCUGGAAGGCCGCGACGUCGCCUGCAUGGCACGAACCGGAGCCGGCAAGACCGCGGCCUUCUUGAUACCGCUACUGCAGCACGUGACGCGAUCGAGGCGGAAGGACGAGCCCCCCUCCGCGACUGUCCUGUCGCCGACGCGCGAGCUCGCCCUGCAGACGUACAAGUUCAGUACAAAAAUGGCCAAGUUCUGCGUCGGCGUUGACGGCGAACGCUUCUCCCAAACACCGUUGGUCGGUGGUGAAAGCAUCGAGGGCCAGUUCAACGCCCUGGCGAAGCGACCGGCAGUCCUCCACGCGACGCCGGGCCGACUCGCGCACUUGCUCGAAGAAGCGCCGGCUUCUCUCAUCACGCUAUCAGCAUGUAGACUGGCGGUCUUCGACGAGGCGGAUCGGCUGUUCGAGAUGGGCUUUGCGUUACAACUCCAACAGUUGUUGCGGGCGAUGGCUCCAUCUAGACAAACUUUACUAUUUAGUGCCACGAUGCCGCGGGCCCUGGCGCAGUUCGCGCGCGCUGGUUUAAAAGAUGACGUCGCUCUCAUUCGAUUAGAACAGGAGACGAAGCUGUCCGACACGCUGCGAGUGGCCUUCUUCCUGACGAGACCUAGAGAUAAAGUGGCCGCAUUCUGCGCUUGUCUGAAGUUAGUGGUACCCGACCCGUCGAAACUGACCAUCGUCUUUGUCGCAACUCGCCACCAUGCGGAACUUUUAUUAGCUUUAUGCAGGGUGGUGUUUCCCGAGAGAAAAGCCCAUGCUAUAUAUGGUACUUUGGACCAGCAAGCUCGCACGGACCACCUCAAGGCCUUCCGCAAGGGCGACGCGCCGUUACUCAUUGUCACUGAUGUUGCUGCAAGGGGUCUAGACGUCCCGCUCGUCGAUGCAGUCAUAAAUUACGACGCGCCCGCGGCCGCGCGACUCUUCGUCCAUCGGUGCGGGCGGGCCGCGCGGCAGGGGCGGCCGGGCUUGGCCGCUACGCUCGUGGAGCCCGACGAGCUGCCGUACGUCGUGGACUUGCACCGGUUUUUGGAUCGGGAGCCCUCGGACGACUCCGAACCGUAUUCGGUCAAGGAGUGGACUCCCCAACAGGUGCACUACGGCCAGAUUCCGCGGGAAGUACUAGAUGCAGAAUUAUCAGUACUGGAGAACGCUAGAAAGGACGACUCGUCGCUACCAGCGCUCGAGAAAGUGGCUUCGAACGCCAGUCAACAGUACAAGCGGUCUAGGCCCUCGGCGUCGAAGAAGGCCGCGCAGGGUGCCAAAUUGCUACGAACGUCCGAACCGCACCCGUUGUUCAAUACCGGCAGCUCAGACGCUUUACGGAGGGCCAUUUCCGGCUACCGGCCGCCCCAGUCCAUCCUCGAGCUCAAGUCCAAAGAUGAGUCGCUGGGUGCCGCUGCCAAGGACUUCCGCGCGAAGAUCGACCGGAAAAAGGCCCUCGAGGAGCGGCGCUUGCCAGUGCAUAAAUCAAAUUGUCGCGGCGCGUCUCCGCCACUGCUGAAUCAUGAUCUCCACGCCAUCGACGCGACGCCUGCUCGAUGGCGUGGCAAUGGGAGUCUCAAACCACUCGAUUCGGUCAGCACCCGGACUCACUGGUUGAUUUAUGCGCAGGCGUUUGCAAGCCGCCGAGGCCGCCGCCGAGGCCGCCGCCGCCGACGACGACGACGACGACGAGGAGGCCGCGCCCGCACCACCGCCGCCCCCGCCACCCGUGGAGCGCAAGCGUCGAUUAUCAAAGGCCGAACGGCGCGCGCUCAAGACCGGCCAGGCACCGCGCGUAGUGCCAAAGAAAGCCAGUACGUCCUUCAAAGAUUCCACAUAUAUACAAUAUGGAGACGCGCGCCAGGAGGAGCUGGAUCAUUUACUGAAUGACGCGAGGAGGGACGACAGUGCCGCGGGCGCGGGAUUGCAGAUGCUGGAAGAGGCGUUGCUCGAUGUGGCGCCCGACGAGGCCUUAGAUAUGUUGAAAAGGAAGUCCAUGCACAAGUGGGACGCGCGCAAAAAAAAAUAUGUGCAGCAGAGCGUCUCGGAAAUCAUCGACACGCGCGGCAAGAAGCAGAAAAACGAGUCCGGCCAGGACGUGAAGAAGGGCGCGACGCGGGGCGAGCUCUACCGGAAGUGGCGCGAGCGCAAAGGUGCUGACGGGGAGAAGGUCGACUACCGCGGGGCCAAGGGUUCUCGCGGCAAGGCGAAGAAGAAGGCUCCCUCUACUGCAAGGCCGGUGAAGGAUGAAGUGAGAAAUGCGGCGCAGAUCGCCAAGCAACGUAGGGAGAAGCGCGACCUGGCGCUGAAAAAUUUACCGAAAGCUAAACGGCGCGCCCUGACGCAUAAGAAGUAGUGUUUGUUAUCCAGACGCCACCGCCGCGAUCGAAGAGAGAUAGACUAGUAUUUUUUUACAGCCGCUACAU